AUGCAGCCUGCAUUGUGGCAUAGACAACAUCAAUUAGAAAACACUAUAUUCACCCAAUCCCUCCCCCCACAAGACAGGAGUGUGAAAUUGCCUGAGAGUGGGGGUGCAUUUGUGGAUGGGGACAUGAGCCUUGAGGCAUGUAAAGAGAAGUGUUUGGAGAACUGUUCUUGCACUGCUUAUUGUUACAUGGAGAUUUCAAAGGGAGGGAGAGGUUGCGUCAUGUGA